AUGGUGUCAGAACAGUCAAACGAAGCAAGGCCCUUCGGGCAUGAAGGCCGACGAGCUGUUCUCCUCAUAACCACUCCGGUGGGCGAAUCGUUCCAGUCGAUCGCUCAUGCUACUGGGUACCGAGCACAGCAAAGUACUGAGAUUGAUUGGUCAAGCCAUGAGAACAAUGCUCUGCCAGAUCUGGCAUCCAGACUCAGAUUCACGACGCACUAUGCCCUAUGUGUUAUAGACCGCGAGAUUUGGGAGAGUACAUCUGUGAGUCUGCUCCAGAAGUUCAGAGAGGCAAAGUUCUGGGAUCACCCGGGCGAUUUCACAAUGAUGUCGCCGUCGAGGAGUAGCCGGAGCAAUAGUAGCAUGAUACCAGCAAGCCUGAAUGCGUGCCAGCCCUGGUCUGUUGGAGAAAUUUGCAACAUAGACAGUGGAGAGGUUAUUGGGAUGACAGAUAUGUCUGAUGAGGAGAUAACUCGAGACUACACGACUUUGCGGCAAGAUUGGAGGUACAUGCCUAUUUUUUGGAACUGCCACGACCUUGCUAUCCGACUCGCUUACAUUAUCAUUCCGCCAUCGAUGGAUGUGAUACAGACUCUCAAAGGACUUAUGAUAUCACUCCAUCAAGCCUGCGAUAAGGAGAUCAAGUGGGGCUCUACCGUUGGCAACAUUUGCGUCGGUGGAUUGGGAGUAGCCGCUCUGGGUGGCAUCGCUAGUGUGCCCCCGUUAGCUAUAGCUGGCGUCGGUGUGUUCAUGGUUGGAUGGUCGAUAGGGUUCUUUGGAGGGUUCGCGGUGAAUGCGAAAAUGAAGGCGAGAUAUAAGUUCAUGAUCAAAUUGGAGGACAAGUUCCCUCAGCUCAAGUCUCUUCACAAUUGA